CUGCACCCGGCCCAAGUGGGUUUUUUUAAGUGAUUGACAAGAGAGCCAUAUGGCUGCUUCCUCAACAUUCCUUGUUCUCAUCUCUCUCCUCUGCCAGCUCACAGGGCCAGCAGCCUCUGGAGCCCUGAAGGAGCUAGUUGGUGCCAUUGGUGGGUCUGUGACUUUUCCCCUAAACAUCAAAGAAAAGCAGGUGGACAGUAUUAUCUGGAGCAUCAACACAACGGUUCUUGUCAUCAUACAGCCAGUGGAAAACGAACAACUCAAUGUCAUAGUGACCCAAAAUAGUAAUAAGGAAAGGAUGGAGUUCCCACGUGGGGGUGAACUGAAGCUCAGCAAACUGAAGAAGAGUGACUCGGGUGUCUACAGUGCACAGAUACACAGCUCCUCCUCCCCUACUAUCACCCAGGAGUAUGUGCUACGUGUCUAUGAGCACCUGCCAAAGCCCAAAGUCAUCCUAGGUCUGCAGAGCAGUAAGAAUGGCAGCUGCACAACCAACCUGACGUGCUUUAUGGAACACAAAGGAGAGGAUGUUACUUACAGCUGGAAGGUCCUGGGGGAAGCAGCCAACGAGACCUAUGAUGACUCCAUCCUCCCUGUCUCCUGGAGACUGGGGGAUAAGGACAUGACUUUCAUCUGCAUAGCCAGGAACCCCAUCAGCAGCAACUUCUCAAGCCCCAUCCUUGUCAGGAAGCUCUGUGAAGGUGACCCAGAUUCCUCCAUGGUCCUCCUGUGUUCCCUGAUGAUGCUCAUGCUGCUCAUUGUCCUUGUACUGGGGCUAGUUCUUUUGAGUAUGCGGAAAGAGAGAAUAGAGUUCAUUAAGGAAAAGAAGAGGAUGGACAUUGAUCAGGAAAUUCCCAACUUCUGUCCUAAUUCUGGAGAGACCACAGAGUAUGACACAAUCCCUUGUGCUGAGAAAUCUAUUCCAAAGGAAGACCUAGCGAAUACACUUUAUUCCACUGUGCAGAUACCAAAAAAGAUGGAGGAGCCUUACGCACUGACCACCACACCAGACACAUCCAAGACGUUCAGCUAUGAGAAUGUCAUCUAAACAGCAGUGUACUAUCUCAAGUAUUAGCCCAAAGAACACAAUCAAAAGGACUCACUAAUUUGAUCAGAAGAGUCAAGGAAGAAUGAUGAAUAUUGUUUUCCUUAUACUACAAAGCAUAAACAGCUCGGCGCCUGUGGCUCAAGAGGCUAAG